UAUCAAUAUCGCAAUUCUCACAAACUGAUUUGGAGGCAAAGUUCAACAAACUAACUAACAAAAUAACUAACCAACUGAAAUGUUGCUUCAACAUCCUUCACCUUCACCUUCCCCUAAAACCCUCACAAACCCCUUCAUUUCACCUUCCAUUUUCCCCAAUAACAACCUCUUCACCCCCCACUUCCGCCGGACCUCCUUCCUCCUCCGUGCCUCCUCCGCUUCCGACCCCAAAACCUUAACUAAAUCCGCAAUUCAACGAAUUGCCGAUAAACUCCGGGCCCUAGGUUACGUUUCAGAAGAAGAAAAACAAGGUAAUAUCAGUAACCAAACCACAGUUAAUAAAACCCUAACCCUAACCAACUCCCCUGGUGAAAUAUUCGUUCCGUUGCCUGAUCGGAUACCUAAGCACCGGGUCGGGCACACGCUUGACCCUAGCUGGAGCACUCCGGAUAAUCCGGUACCUGAGCCUGGGUCGGGUACGGCUAUACGAAGGUAUAAUCAGAUUAGGAAAGAGGUUUUGAAAGAGAAGGUUAAGCGGAGAGAUGAGGAGAGUAAUGUGGAUAAGGAGAAGGAGAGGGUGCCGACGAUGGCGGAAUUGAAAGUGUCGAGUGACGAAUUGAGACGGUUGAGAGGUGUUGGGAUUGGGAUUAAAAAGGUUUUGAAAAUUGGGAAGGCUGGGAUUACUGAAGGGAUUGUGAAUGGGAUUCAUGAAAGAUGGAGGAAUACCGAGCUUGUUAAGAUUGUUUGCGAGGAUAUGUGUAGGUUGAAUAUGAAAAGAAGUCAUGAUUUAUUAGAGAGAAAAACUGGGGGUUUGGUUGUCUGGAGGUCCGGAAGUAUUAUAAUAUUGUACAGAGGUGCUGACUAUAAGUACCCUUACUUCUUUGCUAACAAUGUAAAACCAAAUGAUGCAUCUGUUGGUGAAUCAAUGAGUUUAUCAAUGGAUUCUGAAGGAGGUGCUGCUCAAGAAAGCUACAUAGCUAGUACAGAUGAUAUUGCAUCCAGUGAACAUAUGAAAACGAUCCAGCCACCUUUGAUUCAAGGUGUGGGAUCUCGAACCAGGGUGCGAUUUCAGUUACCUGGAGAGGCACAGCUAGCAGAAGAAGCUGACCAGCUUUUGCAUGGUCUGGGACCAAGGUUCAUUGACUGGUAUGGAUAUGAUCCUCUACCGGUUGAUGCCGACCUUUUACCGGCAAUCGUCCCUGGAUACAGGAAACCAUUCCGGCUUCUUCCGUUUGGUGUUCAACCAAAAUUAACAAACGAUGAGAUGACAACCCUAAGAAGACUUGGAAGGCCUUUACCUUGUCAUUUUGCUUUAGGUAGAAAUAGGAAACAUCAAGGCUUAGCUGCAGCCAUAUUAAAGCUCUGGGAGAAAUGUGAGAUUGCAAAGAUUGCUGUUAAAAGAGGGGUACAAAAUACCAAUAGUGAACUAAUGGCUGAAGAACUAAAGUGGUUAACGGGAGGAACACUUCUUACACGGGAUAAGGAGUAUAUUGUUCUGUAUAGAGGUAAAGAUUUCUUGCCCGCUACGGUUUCUUCUGCAAUAGAACAAAGAAGGAACCGUGGAGUUGAUGGACUUGAAAGAAAGAAGAUUACAAGCUCAUCAGACGUGCAAGAAAAUAAAGUCAAGGAAAUGAGAUCUCCUGUUACUGAACUUGGUGGGAUAAGAGACCAGAAACUAGAAAUUGCCAUUGAGCAAAGGAAACAAAGGUCCCGUGAAGCAGCUAUAAAAAAAACUAGUUCGAAACUGUCUCAGGCAUUGGAGAGCAAAGAGAAGGCAGAGAAGCUUUUGGAAGAGUUGGAGAAAGGAAAGAUCAAACAACCCCUGGAAGUAGACAAGGAGGGCAUCACUGAAGAGGAACGCUACAUGCUGAGGAAGGUUGGCAUGAAAAUGAAACCUUUUCUGCUGUUGGGAAGACGUGGCGUAUUUGAUGGAACUGUUGAAAAUAUGCAUCUUCACUGGAAAUAUAGGGAACUUGUGAAGAUAUUAUGUGGCGAGACGAGCAUUGAUGAAAUUCAUGCAGUUGCAAGGACAUUAGAAGCAGAAAGUGGUGGAAUAUUGGUUGCAGUUGAACGUGUGCGUAAAGGUCAUGCAAUCAUUGUCUAUCGUGGCAAAAACUAUAAAAGACCACCUACCUUGAGGCCACAAACACUCCUGAAUAAAAGAGAAGCAUUAACACGCUAUGUAGAAACCCAACGACGAGAGUCCUUAAAACUUCAUGUAUUGAAGCUUGGCAAAGAUGUUGAAGAUUUAAAGUUCAAGUUGGCCAAAAGUGAGGAAGCUCAUAUACAGGGUGACAAAGAUCAAAACAUUCAGUUGGAGCAGGAGAAGACAAAUCCAGCAUCUGAAAAUAUGGAACCUGAUUCUGAUUUUGAAGUUCAUAAAUCAAAUUCUAGUCAUGUGGACUAUGGGCAGGAAAGAGAGGUUCCCGGAGAAGCUUUAUUUUUCUCAAGUGAAAUUGAUCCCUUGCAAGAUCCAGUAACUAGAUGUGAAGAUCGAUUAAGAGACUCUUCCAUGGAGUUCAAGAAGAAGGAUUGUGUUGACUUUAGUGACGCUAAAGUAGACAUGAACCCCCAAAGAGACAGAGAUGAAUGUGAGUUCACAGAAACUAAUUCAAAAGCUUCGAUCAUGUCUAUGAAAGAAACCUGUGAAAGUGAAUCAGCUAAGACGCAUAAGGCUUCAACUUCUCCCGUUGAAUUCAAGCCAGAAGGACUAGCAAGCGAUGAGCCUUCUGUCUCUCUCACAAGGAGCGAGGUCCCAUUUUCAACAGUACCUGAACCUGGAGUCAACAAAUCGAAUGAGAAAGCACGCAGAUCAUCCCUUCUAUCUAAUAGAGAAAGGCUGCUUUUGAGGCAACAAGCCCUUAAGAUGAAGAAACGUCCCGUUCUUGCUGUAGGAAGAAGCAAUAUUGUCACAGGAGUGGCUAAAACAAUUAAAACUCACUUCCAAAAACACCCACUUGCUAUUGUGAACAUCAAAGGCCGGGCCAGAGGGACUUCGGUACAAGAAGUGGUUUCGAAACUAGAGGAAGCCACCGGUGCAAUCAUGGUAUCCCAAGAACCAAAUAAAGUCAUACUUUACCGGGGUUGGGGGGCUACUACUACACGUGAUUCUAACCAGACCAAUGGGAAAUACAAACCAAGUGACAACGAGGGUACACUAAAGCCUAUUAUAUCUCCAGAACUCAUAUCAGCAAUAAGGUUUGAAUGCGGAUUGCAAAAUAACAGAGUCGAACAGAGUGAAGUGGUCACUGAAAAUCAAUCCCCCUUUAGAUAUAGAACUAAUUGAGCUACGAUUUUUCCCUUUAUAUGAUGCCAUGGCCAAUUAGCCAUGAUGUAAAGCUAAUCCUUCUAAAUUUUAUAGCAGUUCAUUUGUUUGUGUGAAAGAACGGGCUGGUGGGGGUAAUUUUAUUUUAUUUUUAUUUA